AUUCUGAUGAUGAGUAGAGUUGUCGUCUGUUGGGUGGAGUGUCGCUGUUCAAACCAAACGACAUAAACGUUCAUGGACGAUUUGUUAAAUGGAUUCGUCUGUUCAUUGAAAGUGGUUAACGUUUGAUAAACGAGGUUGCACUUAAAUAAUUCCGUCGCCUUUUAGAAUUUUCUGGACUAAUGGCUCUGUGGAGAGACGUGAAGAAUGCUUUAUGGCACUCUUUCGAUGCUUUAGAUCAUAACAGGAUUGGAAAAGUCACCAAGUCCAGAUUAAAGGUGCUGACUGCAAGUUUAGGAACAUUAUUACAUUGUCAUGGUGUUGAAAAAAGUUUACAAGAUCAUCAUAGUACUCCAUAUCUCAGUUUUGAAGAUUAUAUGUAUUACCUUAAUAUUGAAUUACCAGUAAAUGACUUAUCUUCAAAUGACAUUAGGAAAUAUUGGGAUCAAAUAGAAGAAGUUUGUUGGUUAGUAUGUAAACAAAAUUAUUUGAUGAGGGAUUAUGUUGCAUUUCCAGAUAUUUGUGUUUUUCAUCUAUUCCGCAUUUUUUGUUUGUUGGGUGAAUUGAAGCCUGUUGAAGAAUCAUUAACAGUUGCUAUUGAUGCAGAAGAAGUGAAAUAUAUUAUACAAUUACUAACUCAGGAAUUGGGUCAAGAAUGGAAUCCAUCAGAAUUCGAACAAGUCAUUUGUGUGUUUUCAUUUAUUAAAUUCCCUGUAUUUUUAACUUUAGUUGAAACACAAAUUACUCUCAAUAUUGAAAGACAAGGAAUCAUUGAAGCAACUAAAGAAAUUUAUGAUAGCAUUAUUUUAGAUGUAUUAAAAAAGGGUAUAUUAAAGAAACGAGUUACAAAAUUAGGUGGCUGGUGGGAAUAUUGGUAUGUAUUACAGCCUUAUCGACUAAGUUGGUAUUCAAGUAGGGAUGAAAAUGAUAAACGAGGAGAGAUUAACAUUAAUCCCGAAACUAAAGUUGAGGCUGUAUCUGAUCUUCAAGGGAACAAAAAUUAUAGGUUUAUGAUAACAACUGAAGGAAAAACCAUUGAACUGUCCUCAGAGGAUUAUAAAUGUAAACUUCAAUGGAUGUCAGCUAUUUCUACUGCCAUUGAAUACUCUAAAUAUCCACAAUCUUAUCAGAGAAGUUUGGCAACUGUAAGAAAAAGUGAAAGACAAAAAGCACAAUUGAAAAAAGAAAAAGAGGAGACACACCGAAGUCAACAAUUACAAGAACUUGAGUUAGAAAAAAAGGCUAGAGCAAAAGCUGAAGCUCUCCUGAAAGAAGAAAGUCAUAAAAGAAAAGAGUUAGAAGAAGCAAAAAAACAAUAUGAGAAACUUUUAGAAGAAGAAAGACAGGCCAAAAGAGACGAAGAGAUUGUUCGUACUCUCCAGUCUAGGAUGUUGUUAGAAGAAUGGGAUAAAAGGGAACAAUUAGAAUUUCAAAGGGCUGAGCAAGAAAAAUUGUUGAAAGAAGAACAAGAAAGAAGAAAGGAAUUGGAGUUGCAAAAAGCUGCUCAAAUAAAAACAGUUUUUCAAUUAUCUGAAAAAUUAAGUAAUCUAGAAAAUGAAAAGUGCCAACUUCACAAUACAUUAAAGAAAACUAAGGAAAAGCUGGUUAUGUCUAAUUGUAGUAGUCAAACUUUACAGAGGAAUCCGAAAAAUAAAUCAACCGUGCCUCUUCAGAGGGCCCGAUCAGUAGAUUUGAGUUGCUGUUCUAAAUUGAGCACUUGGAGUUGUCAGCCAGACAGAAAUUCUUUUGAUAAUAACUGUAUUAACAUACACCGUGAAGAAAAUAUUUAGUUUUGAAUCUUAAGUAAUCUUUUGUUUGUUUUAAUUAGAAUAUAAAGUGAAGUAGUAAUUAAAUUUAUAUAUAUAUUUUUUAAUUAAUGAAA